AUGGAGCGGCCCGGGGCGCGGGGAGCGCGCGGGCGCCGGCUCGGGCUCGCGCUGCGGCUGCUGCUGCUGCUGCUGGCCGGGCCGCCGUCGGGUCGCGCCGGGGCCCCCGAAGCGCAGGAGCCCGCGGUCCCCAGUACGUCGGUCCCCGCGGGCGGCGACCGCUGCCGGGGCUACUACGACGUGAUGGGCCAGUGGGACCCGCCCUUCAACUGCAGCUCGGCCGUGUACAGCUUCUGCUGCGGCACGUGCGGGUACCGCUUCUGCUGCCACGACGGCCCGCGGCGCCUCGACCAGAGCCGGUGCUCCAACUACGACACGCCGGCCUGGGUGCAGACCGGACGGCCGCCAGCCCGCGCCCGCGACACCGCGGCGCCCCGGGACCCGGGCCGCGAGCGCAGCCACACGGCCGUGUACGCGGUGUGCGGCGUCGCGGCGGUGCUCGUGCUGGCCGGCAUCGGGGCGCGCCUGGGCCUGGAGAGAGCGCACAGCCCGCGCGCGCGGCGCACCGUCACCAGGACACUGACAGAGCUUCUGAAACAGCCAAGCCCCCAAGAACCACUGCCUCCACCCCUGGGUCCACCCCUGGGUAACUGUGUCCAGGUGCAAAUGGCUGAUGGUCUCUCUCGGGGGUCCCCCCACAACAGCACAGACAAAAAACACCUCAACCACGCGCCCGUGGGGUCUGCCACCCUGGGGGCUCCGCGCGGCCCCCGGCCGCAGGGCUGCGGCAGCAUGACGUUGCAGCCCGACUUCGCCAAAUUCGCCACGCUCAAAGCAGCGGCGCUCAAGGCGUCGGAGGCGGCAGCACACCGGGACGUCUACCAGCCAGCUCCGCGGACGCUCGUGGCGCGAGCCCCGCGCCCUCUGGAGGACUUGCCCGCGCUGCUGGACGCCUGUCCCUGGGCCCCGCCGGGUUACGUGCCUCCCGCCGGCCCCUAUGCGGCCUGGACCGCGGGCCGACCCACGCGGCCGGUGCCCCGUGGCCACCUGGUGGCUCAGGUCUCCCCUUCACCCCGGCGGCCAGGCCACGCAUCCCGGCGCCAGUUCAGCGUGGAGAAGCUGCCCGAGGCCUCCUUCAGCACACAGCCCCGCGGCCUUUAUGGCAGCACUGGCCGAGGAGCCAGGCACCUGGCCACCAACAGUAAAGCCGAGGUCACUGUAUGAAGAAGGGGCGCUCUGCUGGGUCCUGUCUGGGUCCCAGACCUUGGACUCACAGUUCUGGCAUCUGCCCAGAUUGGACUGGGGGCCUUGGAGCCUGUAGAGCUGGCUAAUGGUUCUGCCCUUGGAGUGGGGGGCGCAGGGUUAU